CCUUUUUAUUCGCAGGUCUCCCGGAACUUUGUGAAGGCAGUAACACUGCGUGAUGUGCACUGGCAUCCCUGGGAUACACGUGUGGUGACCUCGGGCCUCAACGGCUCUCUUACGUGUUGGGGCUAUCGCAAGAAUCAGGCCAAGCGAAAACCGCUACUGUUUACGCGUCGCACUAGUACCAACGUCACGCCACCCAUUGCAGCGGACCCUGCCGGUGGCCAACGUGUCGACACUGAGGACGGUGACGUCGAUGCGCCGGAUGACGACGACGCGGAGUCCAUGGAUGAGCAGUCAAGAUACUAUCAGUCGGAGUCGGGUAGACUGAAUUAUCGCGUUUGCUUGAACAGAGCAGGUUUCUCUUAUCGAUUUCCACGCCGACGUCCAGUCCCCGCCGUCUCCUACACUGAGGUGGUGUCUGACGUCUCGAGCACUACGACUACGACAACGUCAUCCGACGAGGAGGAGGACGACGGGGAGGCGGGGGAGGUCUCCAGAGCCGGUCCG